GUCAUGAUGGUGCAAGGAGCGAAGCGACUCAGCAGCGUUUCUUUACUCGGAGGCAGAAAUAAACAUCCUUCUUCUACACAACCUGCAGCAAGAUGUUGGUGCCCGUGGCUCUGUUUUUCUCUCUGCUCUCUCUGAAUCCAGCAGCUACAGAAGUGGGUCUUGCUGGUAAAGUGCUUCUGUUCCCGUACGAGACUGAUUUCAGCUAUGUUCAUCUCACACCUAAGAAGCCACUGGGCCUUACAGCGUUCACUCUCUGCAUGCGCGUCGCGACGGAGCUCCAGGGCGAGCGGCAGAUCAUUCUCUUCGCCUACCGGACGCCCGACUUCGACGAGCUCAACGUGUGGAGAGAGAAAGACGGUCGUGUGUCCUUCUACCUCAGUGGUGACGGGGCGUUCUUCCACCUGCCUCCUCUCUCCACCUUCCGGACUCACCUGUGCCUCACAUGGACCUCGCGCACCGGACUCACGGCCUUCUGGGUGGAUGGGCACCGCAGCGCGUUCCAGCUGUAUAAACCGGGUCACAGCAUCCACCCGCAGGGCACUGCUCUUCUCGGCCAGGACCCUGAUAAACACCUGGGGGACUUCGAAGCGAUGCAGAGUUUCGCCGGAGAGCUCACGGACCUGAAUAUGUGGGACUACGUCCUCACCGGAAACCAGAUUAAAGCGCUGUAUCUGAACCACGCGCAGCGCGUGCCGAGAGGAAACGUAUUUGACUGGAACACCAUCGAAUAUGAGAUUAAAGGAAACGUGCUAGUUGUGCAAGAUGAUUAAAAUAUUCAGUCCCGUACAACGAUUUCUGUUAAUUUGCUAUCGUUUUUUUCAUAGAAUAGCCUAUUCUGUUUAAUUGGAAAUAUGACAACAGAGUAGCCUAAGUCCCAGACGUGCCACUUUCGGGGAAACGCCAUGCAAAGGAUUUAUAAAUUGCCUAUAAUGUUGGUUAUUUGGUUUGUGAUGAUCGAUCGUUGCAUGACAUCAAAUUACCGCGAGAGCUAGCGAGCAGAGCAGAUGUCUAUGGACGGCUCCAUGCUUUCGAACCCUCUCGCGAUACUUUGAUGUCAUACGGCGAUCGAUCGAUCAGCGCAGCGCAAACCAACACCCGGUUAUUUUAUAGGCAAUUUAGAAAUCCUUUUGCAUGACAACAUAGUUUUUAUUUUUAUUUUUGUAUUUAUUUGUUUUGGGGCGGAUAAUCGAUGGUUGAUAAAUCUUAUUUAAAAGUUCCAUCUUAUUUAAAAGUAACCAUAGUCUAACCGUGGUAUUGGUAAUAAAACUGUGGUUAAACAAAUGGUAAUCAAUACGCAAAAAAAAAACAUGGUUACUACCACUGAUCUAUAUAUAUAACAUUAACUAUAUUAUAGAUCAGUGGUUACUACACUUUUACUACAGUAAAACCAUGGUUAAUUUAAGUGCACUGUACUAACAGUAAUAGCCUAUUUGUGUCACAGUAACAGUUUUCAUUAGGCUAAUCUUUACUUUCUCAAAUAACUGACACUGACUAAAUUAUAUGAUUCGAUUUAUGUAUCUGCUAAGAACUUAAACUUAAUGUAACAAUGUGUCUGUAUUUAAAAACAGUGAUGUAAUAAAUUAUAUAUUUGUCGA